GGCCUGAAAUGUGGGCCAGACCUCCUCAGACGUGACCGUGCUCAAAAACGGUCCAACUUCCGGUCUAAAAUACUACGCUCUUGUCCGACAGUGAGAUAGAUAUCUAUUGAACCUCGGGCCUUUUCCUGCGGAAGCGCUGGAGAUAUCGAUAUGUCGAACAAUGCUAGCUCUACCUACGCACCUCCACCGGUGAGGACGGUCUCAAAAUCCUCCAAAACCACCUUCCACUUCGGAGCUGGACUCCUCUCAGGUCUCACAUCCUCUAUCCUCCUGCAACCAGCAGAUCUCCUCAAAACUCGGGUCCAACAAUCACACCAUCACGCCUCUCUCCUCUCAACAGUCAGAACAAUCCUUUCCUCUCCCAACCCAAUCCGCAGUCUAUGGCGUGGAACCCUGCCCUCCGCCCUCCGCACAGGCUUCGGCUCAGCUCUCUAUUUCACGUCUCUCAACGCGCUUCGCCAAAGCCUCGCAACACCCAUCGCCCUCGCAAACGCUAACCCUAAUAAUGUUGCUAACGGCACGGUUCUCCCCUCCUCCGUGUCUUCUUCAUCCGCUCUCCCUAAACUCUCCAACACCGCAAACUUAGCCACCGGAGCCGCUGCGCGGGUCGCCGCGGGGUUUGUCAUGAUGCCUGUUACUGUCAUCAAAGUCCGCUAUGAGUCGGACUACUAUGCAUACCGCAGUCUCUACGGCGCAGGUCGGGACAUAAUGCGUACAGAAGGAAUCCGCGGUCUCUUCGCUGGAUUCGGUGCCACCGCUGCGCGAGACGCCCCAUAUGCGGGCCUUUAUGUCGUCAUCUACGAGCAGUUAAAGCGGUACCUAGCGUCUGCAACGACUACUACUUCUGAGGCGGAUCAGCGGCUGAAAUCCCCGUCGUCUUCGUCUGUUAAUUUUGUUUCGGGUGCUUUGGCUGCUGGGCUUGCCACGACGAUUACGAAUCCAUUUGAUGCGGUAAAGACACGGCUUCAGCUUAUGCCAGCAAAGUACGGGAAUAUGAUGCGUGCCGUACGGUUGAUGAUUCAGGAAGACGGGGUGCGGAGUCUGUUUGGUGGGUUGGGCCUGAGGAUUGGGAGGAAAGCGCUGAGUUCCGCGCUUGCGUGGACGGUGUAUGAGGAGCUCAUUCUGAGGGCGGAGACGAGGUGGGCGAAGACAGAGGCGAGGUCUGAGGUGGGGAUAUAAUACUAAUCUAUCAACCGAGUCUGUAAUGUGUCAUGGUUUGGGUUGGAAAGGCCAUCAUAGAUCAUUCAUUCAUGACUGUAUCGUGUAUAAAUAGCAAUAAAUCACAACUCAUGUUAAAGACCAAGUCAAGUAUAAACAAAUAGCACUCAUAGAACCGUGUAAGGAAACGAGUAGCGAAGGUAAUAGUUGCAAGGAAGGUCAGGUAGGGAUAUAUAAGGGGAGAUCGUCAAUAAGUAGACAAAGAAUUCAACAUCCACAUCAGGUGAAGAUCCAUGACCGCCGGCUAGGGCUCUUCUUCCGCACAAGGUACAUUUUAUCCUUGUUACGGUCAUUCACCCUCAGUUCGGUCAAGGUCUCAGAUUUCUCGCCGAUGACCUUGCCCUCGCGCAAUCGCCGGCUGUGUGCGAACAGUUCCUCCUGGAGCUCUUCGCUGACCCAAGACUUGAUGAUCAUAUAGUUUCCGUCGUACUAGA